AUGCGAAAGGAGAUGCAAGCGCUUUGUUCGUCAUGCCCAUUUAUAUGGGACGUUUCUUAUACCGUUAACGCUAUUUUGGCAACUGCCUCAGUCAUAGGGAACAUCUCCUACGAGGUGCCUGAAGAUACCAUCCGGCAGAUCUUCUCAAAGGUUGGACAUGUUGUUCACAUCAAAAUGGUUCAUGACAGAGAGACUGGGAAACCCAAGGGAUAUGGAUUCAUAGAGUUUUUGGACGUGCAGACUGCUGAACUAGCUAUUCGGAAUUUGAAUGGGUAAGU